AUGGCAGAUGAUGCACAGUCCAAGAUCUGGCAGCCCCUCCACCCCGCCAUCCGUGACCGUCUCGAUCCCCAAUACGUCGCCUAUCAUGAGGCGCAUCUACAAUAUAUCGAGCCAGACGAGAUCAAUGCCUGGGAUGGAUCAACGAGGACCAAGAAAGUCUCUCUACCGCCUGGAGGGACAAAGCCGAUCCCAGUAGGAAGUAUAAAUGACUACCAUGUUGGUAGGUUCCGGGUGAGGGUCUACACCCCUACAGGCCACUGUGAUGAGCGAGGCUGGCCCGUUCUCGUUUGGUUUCACGGCGGUGGCUGGGCAGUCGGUGGAUUGAACAACGGGACAGAUAUUUGUUGCUGGGCUUGUGAGGGAGCGCGUUGUGUCGUUGUCAGCGUCGAUUAUGGACUGGCCCCUGAAAAUCCAUUUCCAACUGCAGUUGAGGAUGCCAUCGAUGCUGUGAGAUGGGUUUCUUCUUCUCCAACUGAGCUGCAGAAGCUAGAUGCCACCCGUAUCUCCAUCAGUGGAACAUCAUCCGGUGCUAAUCUAGCCAUUGUUGCUGCUCUGUCUGCAUCGAAUUCAGAAACUCAUCUACCAACAGCUCAGCCCUCACUUCCAAACACUAUCGCCCAUCCUCCAGUAUCAUUGCUACUGUUUAUCCCAGUCGUUGAUAAUACCGCCACUGUUGAAGGUGUAUGGAAACUCAACGCGGAGACGGCCCCAUGGCUCACGCCUUCAAGAAUGGAGUGGUAUCGCAAGCUCUACUUUACACAGGAUAACCAUCGCUCAAGAUGGGAUGCAAGCCCUAAUUUGGCCCCCGCACACCUCUUAAGUAAACUUCCUAAGACAUGGAUCGCGGUUGCGGAGAUGGAUGUUCUUACCCCUGAGGCGCUGGCUUUUGGGGAACAAUUGCAAGGAUUGGGGGUUGAUGUCGAAACAUUGGUAGUGAAAGGUGGUACACACUCUAUUCUUUCCCUUCAUGGGGUAAUCGAUAGAGGAUAUCAAAUGAUAGAGGAUGCAGUCAAGCAUCUACAGAUGAUAUUUGGGACUGGCUAA